AUGUUAUCGAAAAGAUUGACUUGUCAAACAAGUCUACGCUCGUUGAUGCAUGCCCGUGGUAUGGCCACAGCAGCCAAGAACAAGAGCAAAACUAACAAUGCGGAAGACGUUGGCGAUGCAGUAGAUGCUGUUGAGAUCCAAUUACCCGAGACUUCGUUUGAAGGGUAUAAUAUGGAGGUUCCUGAGUUGAGUUUCAAAACAACGAAGUCGACCUUGUUACAAAUGUAUAAGGAUAUGGUUAUUAUCCGUAGAAUGGAAAUGGCAUGUGACGCGUUGUAUAAGGCCAAGAAGAUUAGAGGGUUCUGCCAUCUAUCAAUUGGUCAAGAAGCAAUUGCUGUGGGUAUCGAGAAUUCCAUCACCAAGAGAGAUUCGGUGAUCACUUCGUAUAGAUGUCAUGGGUUCACGUUUAUGAGAGGCGGGUCUGUGAAAUCGGUGUUGUCGGAAUUGAUGGGCAGACGUGCUGGUGUGUCGUUUGGUAAAGGUGGUUCUAUGCAUCUUUACGCCUCAGGGUUCUACGGUGGUAAUGGUAUUGUUGGUGCCCAAGUGCCAUUGGGUGCCGGGCUAGCAUUUGCCCAUCAAUACAAGAACGAAGACGCAUGUUCAUUUACCUUGUAUGGUGACGGUGCAUCGAACCAAGGUCAGGUGUUUGAAGCCUACAACAUGGCCAAGUUGUGGAACUUGCCAGUGGUUUUUGCCUGUGAAAACAACAAGUAUGGUAUGGGUACUGCGGCCUCGAGAUCGUCAGCCACCACCGAUUAUUUCACUCGUGGUCAAUACAUCCCUGGGUUGAAAGUCAAUGGUAUGGAUAUCUUGGCUGUGUACCAAGCCUCGAGAUAUGCCAAGAACUGGUGUUUGUCGGGCAAGGGUCCAUUGGUUUUGGAGUACGAAACGUAUCGUUACGGGGGUCAUUCGAUGUCUGAUCCCGGUACCACAUACCGUACAAGAGACGAAAUCCAGCACAUGAGAUCCAAGAACGAUCCAAUUGCUGGGCUAAAGAUGCACAUAUUGGAACUGGGCAUUGCCUCGGAAGAAGAAAUCAAGAGUUACGACAAGGCUGCCCGUAAGUAUGUCGAAGAACAAGUGGCUCUUGCUGAAGCCGAUGCUCCACCAGAACCCAAACUAUCCAUCUUGUUCGAGGAUGUGUAUGUCAAGGGCACCGAGACUCCAACCUUGAGAGGACGUAUCCAGCACGACACCUGGGAUUUCGCCAAGCAAGGGUUUGCAUGUGACUAG